UACAGACGCCGACGCGACGGACGCCUAUCUAGAGAUCGACGACGCGCGACGUCGCUAUGAGCACGUUUUGGCGGGAAACUCUUUAAAGACUCUUGCUGCUAAAAAGGAAUAAAAAAUAUUCCUGAACUAUUUUGGGUGAUUGUUUGGUUUGCUUUUACUGUAUUAUUGCUGGAGUUUGUAUAGUUACUGACUACCAUGAGCGAGCAAGUAGAUGGAAUGGAAUUGGAGACCCUGUACCAACGGUACUGCAUCCGCCUGAAACACGCACUAUUUUUAUCUGGCUUGACGGUUUCUACAAUAGUUUCCAUAGGAAUACUGAUCACUACAUGCGUUUUACACGUUCAGGAUUUACAUAAAAGUAUUCUACCAAUUGCUGUGAUGUCAGUUGUUACCUUCACUCUGAUUGCCAUUCUGAUGGCGUCACAAUUUCCGGUGGUGUUAGAGUCAGAAGCAUGGGCACUUAUGUCCUCUUUGACGAUCACAACAGCUGCAGCCACUGCCAUGCUACUUCUAGCUGGACGACAUGCGCCGUUGCCACUGUUUGCACUCCUCAUAGCACUCCAUACGAUGUUGCCGCUUUCACGUUCGGUAGCUUUGGCGUUAGCCAUCGUCGUUACCGUUGCUCAUUUGGCAACGUCGAUAGCUUAUAGACUGCACGAGGACGAAUCAAAUUUUAUUCAGUUGAUUCCUGAAAUGGUUAUACUACUAACUGCGAGCUGUACGGGUCUGUACUACAGGCAUCUAACUGAAGAAGCACAUAGAAGAACCUUUGUAGGUACCAGGACGUGCAUAGAGUCUCGAGUUAAGUUAGAAUGUGAGAAGGGUCAACAGGAACAGUUGUUACUUAGUGUUAUACCAGCUUAUAUUGCGGCAGAAGUUAAAAGAAGUAUUAUGUUAAAAAUGGCGGAUGCUUGUUCGGAGCACAAGACCCAAACCUUUCACGAAAUGUACGUCCAGCGGCACAACAAUGUCUCUAUUUUGUACGCAGAUAUUGUAAAUUUUACACCGUUGAGUGAACAGCUAUCUGCUAGUGACUUGGUGAAAACAUUAAACGAACUUUUUGGAAGAUUCGAUCAAAUAGCCCAGGACAAUCAGUGUAUGAGAAUCAAAAUCCUGGGUGACUGCUAUUAUUGCGUGUCUGGAUUGCCUAUAUCCAGACCAAACCACGCUUAUAACUGUGUGAAUAUGGGAUUACAGAUGAUAGAAGCUAUAAGAUUUGUUCGUGAAGCUACCGGAUUCAAUGUUGACAUGCGAAUAGGCAUUCAUACUGGAAAUGUCCUUUGUGGGGUUUUGGGAUUGAGAAAAUGGCAGUUCGACGUGUGGAGCGACGACGUUACUUUAGCCAAUCACAUGGAGAGCGGAGGUAUAGCAGGGCGUGUACAUAUUACGCGUGCAACUUUAGAACAACUAGGAGACAAAUUUGAAGUAGAACCUGGUGACGGUGCUAGCAGAGAAGGAUACUUGGCUGACCACAAAAUCGAAACUUUUCUUAUAGUUCCACCUAAGAAAAAUGAUACGGAGCUUCAAAACGGAAAUGCUAAAACUAAUUGCAGUAACGGAGAUAGAAACAACAGUUUAGGAGAUGGUUCUAUUCAAGGAAUAGCUACACCUGGGGGACCUCCUACCCGAGCUAGACCUUCCAGCAAAAUGACGAAGUACGUCGAGUGCUGGGGCGCGGAUAAACCUUUCGCCAACAUCGCCGAAUCCACUCUAGCAAAGAACAUUGAACUGACCUUUCCAACAUACCUACAGACUCUGGGAAUGAUCGAAUCCAACCUGUUACCAGACAGAUCGACGUGCCUCGAAUGCAAGAAAUGGUGGCAUAGUGAGGAUCUAAACCCUGCUGUGUUGUGGUUCAGGAAUAGAAAACAGGAAAGGGAAUACCGCAGUCAACCCGAUCCAGAAUUUCGAUGCUACAUAGCGUGUGCCUGCCUGAUUUUCUUAGCAAUUUGCGUCAUGCAAAUAUCUACAAUACCCAGGAAUAUUGUUUUGUAUGGUACCAUCUCCCCCACCCUAGUCGUACUCCUAAUAUUUGUGUACCUAUGUUGGUUGGACGGAUGUUGUGGACCCAGACCACCAUCGGACACUCCUCAGGACGAACCUGGUGCUUGCAGUCCCCCAGGUCAAAUAGUGGCGGAGAGCCGCUGUCUCAGACUGUCCAUAUUCCUAGUCAGCGUCACUUUGAUAGCUACUUGUGCUGUCAUAACGCUGGUAGAUUUUAAUCCUGAAGUUAUCCUAGUAGAGGAAGAAAGCACUAAGGUGUUCACUUUUCCAUCGGAUCUUUCCAAUAUCACUGAAAAUGUGACAGAUCUUCUAGCUUCGGAAACAGUCACUGACAAUAUAGCCCAUGAGGUCGCUCCAGAAGCACUCCAAUAUGUUCCUACAUAUCUCUACAGCUCAGCUCUAGUUUUAGCCGCAAUCUCUGUAUUUUUAAGAAUGGGUUUCCUACUAAAGCUCUGUCUGAUGACCCUCUCUGUUUCAUCACACAUCAUCAUCUACAGUUACCUGGAUUUUUUUCAAAUAUACCACAACACUGACGUCCAUGAUGACGAAUUUCCUGCACUGCCAUUUGAGCUGAAGACUGGUCUGGUGUUAGCUAUGGUCGUCGUGUUUUUCCAUAUCCUGGAUAGGCAGAUCGAGUUUACUUCUAGGACGGAUUAUUUAUGGAAAGCAAAGCUUAAAGUGGAACAGGAAGAGGUAGAGACAAUGAGAGGAAUUAAUAAGAUUCUACUAGAAAACAUUCUACCGGCUCAUGUAGCAGACCAUUUUCUAUCUACUCGGGUCACUACAGAACUGUACCAUGAAAGAUAUUCUUGCGUAGCUGUUAUGUUCGCCUCUAUACCGAACUAUAAAGAGUUCUAUGACGAAAGUGAUGUAAAUAAGCAAGGUCUGGAGUGUUUGAGACUACUUAAUGAAAUUAUUUGUGAAUUUGAUAAGUUACUUCUAAAGCCGAAGUUCAGCUGUAUAGAAAAAAUCAAGACUAUAGGAAGCACUUACAUGUUGGCGUCUGGAUUGAGACCUGGAAAAGAAGGAGAUAGCAACGAUAUUAUCAAGGAAGCCAAUCGAAAAGCGGAACACAUAAUCGUGGCUCUUGUGGACUUCGCAAUGUGUCUGAUGACCAGUCUAGAUCAAAUCAACAGGGACGCUUUCCAAAGAUUCAAACUACGAGUUGGUUUGCAUCAUGGUCCUGUAAUAGCUGGAGUUGUAGGAGCCCAGAAACCCCAAUACGACAUUUGGGGUAACACGGUCAACGUGGCGUCCCGCAUGGAUUCCUGUGGGAUAAUGGGCAGGAUCCAGGUGACGCAGGACACGGCGGAAAUCCUCGAAAAUGCCGGAUACUCCUGCGAGUGUCGAGGACCUACUUAUGUCAAGGGAAAGGGCACUUUGACAACUUAUUUUGUUAAGACACCGUAUGAUGAUAAGUAGAAAAGUGUUUAUUAAGUUAAUUGACUAAUAUUGCCUUCAUUUGUUUUUUUCUAUACAAUAAUCUCAGUAUGGGUAAAAUUAUGAAAACUGUUCAUUAACAGUUUUAAUAAUGGAGCUUGAUCCAGAAAACUUUUUAAAAAAUAUCUACACCUCUGUGGUGUAUUCAUCUCUUUAAAAAAGUUCUAUGGGUAUUUCGCCAUUUGUACUGUGAGAAAAUCUUCAAAACAAAAUAUACUCAGAUGCAAAAAAAACGCAACGGAGAAAUUUUGGAUCAAAUUUAAAGUGUUUUAUUUUUGUUA